AUGACGGAAGUCAGGCAAAACAGUUACAUCAGUGAUGACAUGGAAGAUAACAAUUUUCGUGAAGAAUUAUUAAGUUGCGCAAAAUUAUUACAUUUAUCCGGUGAUGAUUCUAUACAAGACCCAUUGUCACAAGUUACGUUGGAACAUUUUCAAAUACAAGACUAUGAAAACGAAUCAAUAAUAAAUGAAUCACCAUCCGAGACUUCACUGUCGCCAUUGGCUGAGAUAAAAAAUCAAUUAUCAGAAAACUGGGUACUGAACGAGGUAGAAGAAAUAAACAAUUUGCUAAAGGAAGUUUUAAAUGAUGCAAAAGUCACCGAUAUUGUUCUUUGCGAAGAAACAUGUGCACAAAAAACUCCUCCGAUGAUGGAGGAACCAUUAUUUUCAAAGCGCGCGCAGAAUGAUGGGUUAUACCCAAUUCCCAGUUUGAAUGAUUUAUCGCGGCAAUUGCCCACCAACGAGAUCUUACUAGAUCCUUUUUUUGACGAUGAGAUUGAUGCCCUAUGUUCACUACACGAAACCCUCUCCCGGGAAAUCUCUCUAGAGUCUGAUGACUUACAAGACGAUGAUUUUGAAUACAUGACUCCUUUAGAAGAUUAUAAAUCUAACUGGUCUUUACUGUAUCUUGAAGAACCUGUAAUAACUAAUAAAAUGAAUCGAGUUGUUGGAAAAAAUAUACCGACUAGCGUAUCGGAUAUUAUUCCGUUAGUGAUGAACGAGGAAGGAAUGGAAAUAAAUUUAAAAAACCAAAAGGAACAGUUAGUACCUGAAGAAAGUGGAGUUAAAGCUCCUUUAGAGAUAUUAAAUGAAUGGGAAGGUACGAACGAAUUACUAAUAAAUAUAGAAGAAAUAUAUAAUUUUGAGUCCAAAACGUUCGAAGGUUUUGAUGAACCCACACCAUUUCGAGAAACAUUGCGAUUAGAACCUGCUUUGAUUCCUGCAAAACGCAAUCCCUUAGAAACCGAUCGUAGGAAAAGAUUGAAAAGAAAUUUAACACCUGAUUCUGUAAUAUCAACUAUAAAAUCCGUUGCACCCGAAAAAUGCAUUUUCCCUACUCAGAAAUUAGAUGAUGCAGCACUCCAAGAAGAUCUUGAUGCGAUAUUACAAGUCGAAAAACCAAAUAUUAAUUGGCAAUCCGUCGUCAUGUGGGAACCAAUGGAUGAAGUUGGAGGGCUGAAAUUUAAAGUUCCACAACUACCGCAUCCUGUCACUUUCAUAAACAAGGCUCCCGGUGGUAAUGAAAGCAUAAAAACAAUACCUACUCGCCUUGUCGACUUCUUAAACAUCCCGAAUUCUUCAAAUUCGGAAUUUCAAAUAUUAUCAUCAUUCGGUGGAUUGAAAGCCUUAGAAUUGGAAUUACACUGGAAUCCAAUUAGAAACGUGACUCUACCAAAACUCGAAGAUGUUAUUGAUAUCGAGCCGAUGACACAGGAAGUCGAACCAUUCGAGGAUUUACGUUGUCCUAGAGAGGACGAUGCUUUAGGGGCCACCAACAUUCAAUUUUAUGAUGUCGUUGAGACUCCUCUAAGAUCAAGAAAAGAAAAAAAAAUUGUUAAACACCAACUAAAGAAGAUGGAAUCAAAUGAAAGUUCUGCUAAUUGGAUGAUCUCAAAACAUAAUUCAAAUGACAACGUUGGCGAAAGUCGUACUGCAACAAUUUCUCAUCAAAAGUCACUCUCAGACAAGGAGGAUUCCUCCUUUAGACACCGUCGUAAUUAUCAACCCACACGUAAGAAACUUAAUCAGGUUUCCGGUGAUUCAGCCGACAUUCGCGAUUUAUUACAAACCAAUGUGAUAUCAGAAAAAUACGAUGCUAUUAUGCAGAACGGAAGAAGCCAUAGCAUUAAGCCGAACCACAUGUCCAUAGUAAGGCAUACACCUACGAUGAGCAAUGAAGAAAGGAUCACGACAUGGCUUUCUAAUUAUGGAAAAGAGAAUAAUUUGAGUAAAGAAUAUGCGCCUAUAGAUAAUGAUUUAGAAGAUUCGCAUGAAAUCGUCGAUUUAACCUGUUAUGAGGUGUCAGGGAAUGAUGAUUCUUCCACCAGUAAGAACAUGCUUGAUAAUACUACUCGGUAUAUCAACGGAUCAAAAUUUUUAAAUGGGCUAAGGAACGUUUCAAUUAGUGAUCAGGAGCCCGAGGGGACUCCAGUGGGCACAUACUCUUUUUCUAUAAAAGACAAUACUCUAGAAAACUAUUCGUCACCAUACCUCAAAGUUCCUCAGAAUUCUUCCACCAUCCAAAAACUCGUACGCAACAUAAGGGAUAGUGAAUAUUCGUCUGCGGAUAGUUCUUUAGACAAUUUGAUUAAUUUUGAUCAUUCAACUGACUUUUAUAAUAAUUUUAAAAACCUUGAUUUUUCGGUUGAGGACACCUCGAGAAAUAAUGAAGCAGAUGUCCUUUCGGAUGAUCAGAACAUUUUUAAUCCUGCGCAUUUCACAGAUUCAUUUUCUGCUUCAAGAUCUAUCGAGGAUUUCUUGUUAUUGAGAGGAAAGAUGGUUUCCAGCAAACGCCAAGAAAUCGAGCCCAGAAAAUGGAAAUUUUCAAUUAGAAACAAUGAUGAACAACAACCUAAAGUUCCCAGCAUCAGUAAUACUCCUUGUCUUUAUACUAAUGAAAAUAUGAUUCCAGAUGAUCGACAUAGUCAGCAGUUGGUUCCUUCAAUUGGGCCCCAGUUUAAAAUAAAUGACAGCAGCGGUCACCAAAAUUUAUCUGGUUUUCAGAAAAUCAAUCAGAUAUAUUCCAUGACAAAGGAUAUUAUCGACAAGCUACCGAUGCCCAUAAAUGUACACAAGUAUAUUAUUUCGGUUCGAAUGUUGGCGAACCGCGGCUUUUUAACUGCCUCAAGGGGUGUCAACUGCAAAUUGGAAUUUGUGGAAAGGGAUUUCGAGUAUAUGAGGCCUUUAUUACUUGAUAUAGAAUCCGAAACUCUUCACGUAGAGUGUGACGUAAUAUUAGAUGAAAAUACCGGUAUUGUCUUUUACCCUCUUAAUUUAAUUUCGCAAGAAAAUUCCGUCCCGAAGAUCGCUCGUACUUUGGUGCGCCUUCACCAAAAAUAUCCCAGUCUUUAUUUGAUCCUGGAAAGUUAUACAUGGAAUCGCCGACCAUCUAGUAACGAUACAGAAUCGCUCUCACUUCCCUAUUUUUUUACCUUACCUGUGCUGAAAGCUUUGGCCGAAUUGCAAAUUAUUUUGACGUGUUGUUUAUAUAAUACGCAUAUAAUGUUUUCCCCGUGUGAAGAAAUUUCGGCAAGGCUCGUGAGAAUGGUGGGCGAAUUUUGUGCGGCAAAAUGUGACGAAGAAAGUGGGAGAAAGGGGUGGACAAGUAAACAGCAAUGGGAAAGCAGGGAUUGGAUGACUAUGGAAGAAAGUUUGCAUGAAAGAUUUUUGUCAUGCCUUUCUCCACUAAUCAAUCCAUUCACGGCUCAAAUUAUUUUGACCGCUACUACACUAUCACAAUUUUUCAAAAUGUCGCACCAAGAACGAGUGGCAUUGGUUGGAGGAUGGAUAGACGAGGCGCGAUUGGAAAAAUUCGAUAUUUUAAUUCAUGAAGAGCUCCUAAGUAAUCCUGGAAACGAUACGGAAAAUCUGUUUUCUUCAGAUG